UACGCGUGGCACGCCGUGGUGCUCCACGAUUGGUCAAUUUUCAUGGAGAUACGACCAUGCUUUAGCUAUCGGUGACAAUGGCCACAGCACGGCCAGUACCACAGAAGCCAGUACGGCCGUUGAGGGUGGAAGCGAAUCUAAGGCGGCUCUGUAUACUUUAGCGACUCAUCUGCGCGGAUUAGAUUUUUUCUCAUCCCAAUCGAUCGUAGUUCGUUCGUAGAUGAUAGUAGUGCGAAUUUCGAGGCUUGUUAGUUAAUCAUUCGUUAGUAGUAACGAAAACAAAAUCGCAAAUGUCCAGUUUUAUUUUCUUUGUAAUUGCGAAGAAAAUAUCGGAAUAUCCUAACUGGGAAUGGACCAUCAAUCACCGGCAAAUGAUUCUACGCUGAUUGAUGUGAAAUUCAAUGGAAAAUAUUAUCAAUGAGCGGCUAAAAAUAAAAUUAGGAGCUCAAAUUUUUCUUAUUUUUUUCCUUAUAAACUAAUUGUCGUCAAACGUUCGGAUUAGGCCAUCAUUCACGGACAAAUGGACCAUAAUGGACUUAACGAAUGCGCCAUCUUGAGACCUCGAAUAGCUCGACCCGACUUAUGAAUACCGCCUGAAGACGGCGUUCGACCUCGACUGCUUAUAGUACCGUUACGAUAAACGUCAAAAUGAUCCGUGGAGACCACGCGGUAAAAACGCGGCAAGCUGCCAGACAAGUACUUGUACUACAAAUUUAGAAACAACAUGAGCACAUUCGUAAUUAUUAUAGCAUAUCUACAGCUAUAGGUAUUAGUGAAAAUAGCCACAUAAAUCCAUUAUGUAAGCAAAGGUUUUACUCUUACGAUAAAAGUUCAUUCGUCGAAGCAAGGUGAUUACAACUACCAUUGCUACCAAUAAUAACAAUAAAUUAAUUUAAUUAUUAAUGACCGGGUAGCCUUCAGCUUAAUCGUUUACUCCUUCCUCCCUGAUUAGCUUGUCGCGAUUUUUCAUAAAUUAGUUUAUCGAAUUUCAUACAUAUACGAUUACUAGACGUGUUAAAUGUGUUUUAUAAACUCCCAAGAAUAUCCUAGCAUGGGUUAAGAUCGUUGAAUAGAAAUCCAUUUUUCAUUGAAAUAUUUCAUUUCAUUCUUAGCGACUUUGUACUACAUUGAUUUCACAAUGUCAACUAUUUCUUGGCGUACAUGCAAAUCGAUGCUGUCACUUUUAUGACCAUGAUUUACUCCAAUUGACCAUGUGCAAAUCAUAUGAGAAUAAUGAUAAAUGUGCCUUAAUUCAGUUGUAAAAAUUAGAAGGAAUUGAUAGAAUUGAAGAACAAUGUAAAGGAAUUAAUUAAAUUGCAUUUAAUGAUAAUAGUAAGAAACAAGAUAAUAAUGCUAUCAUUGACCUACAGAUAAUGUUUUCAUGGUACUGUACAGGCUCAACACCAAUAACUUCUGUUCGUGGCAUAUUUAAAUGAAUUUCAAAAGCUCGUUAGAACAGAAUGUGACCUAAUAUAGGUUGUAUGUUAUGAAGAAUAUACGAAAUUGUGUAAACAAUGUUACAUCCAAGGAUCAAACAAUCAUACUCAUUUGGCAAACUCUUACUUAAAUUUAUAGAUAUAACAUGUGAACUGUUGUGAUUGUUGCAUAUUAUAAAAGACAUAGAACAUAUUGCCAUUGCCAUAAUUUCAAUACAUACAUUUCCAUUUUUAUCUAAACUUGAGUGAUGAAUUAAAACUAGUUAUGCGUGUUAAAUGCCAUGCAAGUCUUCAAUACAAGAGCAUGACUGUGCUAUUUCACCCGAGAAAAAAUGUUUCCACAGAUCGCAAUUCAUUGUUCUUGAAAAUAAGAACUGUUUGUCAUUACAGUUUGAUUAAAACAAGAAUUUCUUGUCAUUGCAGUUUGAUGAUUUCCAUUAACCUUUAACGAAUCAUACUUGCAAUAUUGGAAUAAUCUAGAGAAGAUAACAGCAGAAAAAGCCAUAAUAAUACCAUGCAUAUUUUACAUGCUGAAAAGACUUCCCAACAUGAACUUAUAUGUUAACAAUUAGUCUCAUUGAGAAUUUCAGAUGGAAUCCCACAAAGUAACUUCUGAAAUUCAUACAGAAAAUAACAAUUUUUCUGUACCAUCGAAAAAGUCAGGCAAUACAAUAUCAAAGUUUUUCUUUAAAUAUCCGCAACAUUUGAGGGAGACUUGUAAAAAUGGCUUAGACAUUGACGCCGACGGAGAUUUCAUAAUCGAUCAGAAACUUGAAGGGGAAUUAGUGAUCGAGCACAGCAUAUCGACAACACUAAACCUUGUUGGUUUGCAAGUAUGGCGUGGUGCAUUUUUACUCGCCGAUUACAUUCUGUACAAUCCAGAACUUUUCCAAAAACAGACCAUCCUAGAGUUGGGUUCCGGUGUUGGUCUAACAAGUAUUAUUGCUGGAAUGUUUGCUAAACAAGUCAUAUGCACUGAUGUAAAUAUAGGAAGUAUACUGAAACUGAUCCAGAGAAAUGUAGAUAGAAAUAAGAGUCACAUCAAAUCGAAGUUCUGUGUAAUGGAAUUGAAUUUCCUUGAAAUGGAUUGGUCCGAGAGUCUCCGAGCAAAGUUUGAUGCCGCCACGAUUAUUUUAGCCGCAGAUGUGAUUUAUGACGACCAGAUUACAGACGCUUUUGUGAAAACACUAAUAAAGCUGUUAGACUCACGUUCGUCAAAGACGAUUUACAUAGCCAUGGAGAAAAGAUUUGUUUUUACUACCUCAGAUUUGGAUUCUGUAGCUCCAAUGUACGAAGAGUUUCUACGAUGUGUUGAGCGAUACAAUACAAAUUGGAAUAUACAAUGGUUGGAAGUAGACUUUCCCCAGUACUUCAAAUAUGACCGAGUAAAAGAAUUGAUAAUAAUGAAAAUUGAAAAUAAUGUCAGACGAGAUAUAGACUGAAUUAUAUUAUGUAACCUAUUUGUAGAUAAAUAAUGAGGCGUCACGUUAUGUUUUACCACAAACUUGCAAUGAUGAAAUGGUUUUCUGCAAAACAAAAUGUAUUUUAUAAAUCUCAUAUUUAUUUGUGCAAAACCGAUGUAUGUGGCUCCAGACAGUGAAAGUUUUUGAAUGUAGAAAUUAAAUUUUCAGUUCAAACCA